CGAGGUCACGUGACUGUUGGCAACACACCCGGCCAGUGUACAGUGUUGGGGACAGGAAGCCGCUUGUGCCACACAACACUUGACUUAACUCCCGGGAUCUGUUUACUAGGUGAACAGAGGCAUUAGGUGAAAGGAAACGCCCCCAACCAUUUGUGUCCCGCCCGGGAGUCGAACCCAAACUCCCUUGUUGUACCUGAGUUGCCACGAUGGGUUUGUGCUGUGGCAUCAGUUGGCUGUACGCCAUACUAGUCACAGCAUUAGGUAUUGCUUUAUGCAACAUUUUCACAAGAAAAAAGAAGGAUUUGAAAGGCAAACAUGUUUUGAUAACUGGAGGUUCAAGUGGAAUUGGUCUGAGUGUUGCCCAUGAUGUCGCUGGCAGAGGUGCAAAUGUGACUCUGAUAGCGAGAAGUGUCAGCAACUUGGAGAAGGCUCGAGAUGAGGUGGCUGGCACAAUUUCCAAGGUUGCAUCUGGGGGAAAAGUCCAGUUCUUUUCAGCUGACCUAAGUGGAUCCCCAGAAAAGGUAUCACUAGCGGUUAAGAGUGCAGAAGCUAGCUUGGGACCGGUGUUCAUGUUGGUGAACUGUGCAGGGUUUUCCAGGGCUCAGAAAUUUGAAGACAUUUCUCCACAGCUUCUCAAGCAAAUGAUGGAUGUGAAUUACACCGGGUCAUUCAUUAUCACACAAGAGGUGGUGCGGAGCAUGAAGCAACAACGGGAGGGAGUAGUGGUGUUCACCUCGUCCCAGGCCGGUCUGCUUGGCCUGUAUGGGUUCACUGCUUAUUCUGCUGCCAAGAGUGCACUUGUCAAGUUAGCUGAAUCUCUUCACAUGGAGGUGAAGCCGUAUAAUAUCACGGUCACAGUGUGCUACCCUCCGGACACUGACACACCGGGCUUUGAGGAGGAAAAUAAGACUAAACCCGUGGAGACAAAGCUGAUUUCUGAGGCAGCUGGACUCUUCAAGGCUGAUGACGUGGCUAAACAGUUAGUGGAAGAUGCCUUGAGUGGAUCGUUCUCCAGUACUGUUGGUUUUGAAGGGUUUUUACUGACUACACUCUGUGCUGGCAUGGGCCCCAUCACAGAUGCUAAAUCCUUCAUGGCACAGGUGUUUUUGUCGGGUAUCAUUCGUGUUAUCACAUCAUUUUAUCUGUGGAAGUUUGCCAGGACUGUAGAGGGGGAGUACAAGAAGAGGGCAGCUGGCAAGAAGAGCGAGUAAGAUACUGCCGGGUAAAUAUUACUCAAACAAAUGAAAACAUCCCAGGAUCGGCGAUUCCAGAAGUUUAGGCAAAAAUGUUUACAUUGAAUUAAAAUUUGAAAAGGAAGAAUUGGAGUUAUCAAUCACAUUAGAGGUGAAUUAAAGUUUCUAAAACAUGAAAUAAACAAUGACAAGACUACACAUUACUUGGCAAAUGUUUGCCAAGAUAACCUGAAAUUAGUUUGUCAUGGAUUUGCAUUACAACAGUACAGGGCAAGACGUAUGAAAGUACUUUAUGUACAGGCGGUACAAAAGGUUGUCCAUUACAUAGGAUAUCUUUGGUAAGGCUCACCUUCCUAAUCAAGACUACAAUACAGUAAAUUAUUAAGAGAUUGUAAAGUUGUGAACUUCUGUAUAAUAAAUAAAUAUU